AUCUCUUUUCAACAAACUCUAUUUGAUUGAAUCUGAACAGUGGGAACUUAAAAGCGCAAAAUAAAAUCUGUUUUAGGUGAUGUUUUAUAUGAUAAAACGAUUCAAAAGAUCUUUACUAAGAUGUUAGAAAAAGAUGGCGAAAAGAUAAAGUCUCAGUGUAAGAAAUUGGGACGAUGGGGUGCUUUUUGCCUACAGAGAUGCGGGGAUUGUCUUAAAAAUAAUUGCGAUCCUUUAGAUGGAACUUGUUUGCAAGGAUGUAGAUCAAACGGUUAUGUGUACGGUAUCAGAUGCACUAAUGAAGGAGGAAGUAUGCUACCAUCAGAGACGGAAGCUAAACAUCUGUAUGAUCUUGAACAAUUUUGGUAUAAGAUGAGGAGUGGUUUUGUAAAAAAUUGGGCGGCUACUUGUAGUGGAUUACAAAAGUGGGGAAUGUUUUGUUUGUUUAAAUGUCCAAUCAAUUGUCUUCUUGGUUGCGAACUUGAUACUGGAAAUUGUAGGAGAAGAGUUUGUCGAAUAGGUUACACAGGAUCGAGAUGUGAAGAGACUACAGAAGGUCUACAAUAUCAGAAAGCCUUUGCAGUUGAAUCAGCCUCGAAUGAUAAAUAUGACGUACCGGUUUUUACACUGAUCUUUGUUAUUUUAUCAGGAUUCGGCAUAAUAUCUCUAUGUUUUGUGGUACAAAAGAGCCACAAAACAAAAAAAAAGCAAGAAAAAGAAAAUGGCAAAAAACAGAAAACAUCAAAGUGUCAUAGGAAAAAACAAUCUUCUAUCUGUGUAGAGAACCAAGAAAAGAAUAAUCAAUUAUCAAAUAUAAAGAUAGAAAGUGAUCAAUUGAGACAAACUCCUUAUAACACACUUGUCAACCCUGUUAGUAUCUCUAGACCAGCAGCUCAGACUACAACAACAAAUAUCAACCAAAUGAUGAAAGAGCUUAGAGAAGGUAAAUCUAUUGAUCAUGAAAGUGAAAUUAAUCUGUAGAAUAGACUUUGUAGAAAUAAUGAAAUCCUCUUUAAUAAAA